AUGAAUCAAGCGACGAAGAAGCGACAUGAAGCGGCGAGGAAAAGGCAGGAGGAGGAGUACAAGAUAAUGAAGCUCAUGAACAAGUAUGACAAGAGCAAGGACGGGAAAUUGGACAAGAAGGAGUUCGGGGAUCUGCUGCAGGAAGUCAACGACGGGGUGCGUCCGCCCGACGAGGAGAUCACGCACAUCUACCAAGUUGCCGAUAGGGAGGGACAAGGGGACAAGGAUGGGACGCUGGAUCUUCAAGAAGUAAAGAGCGCGAUCGAAUCAUGGCGAGCAUACUUGCAGAACAAAGAUCAGAUAGACGAGGCGUUCAAGAAGUAUGACACAGACCACAGCGGGAAGCUUGAGUUCGAGGAUUUCAAGAAGCUUCUAACGGACCUCAACGACGGGAUCCCUCCGUCCGACCAAGAGGUGAAGCAAGUAAUGGACAAGGCUGAUGGGAAGGAUGGAAAAGUUGAGGGAGCCCUCGGAAGGAUGGACAUUCUGUAUGCAGUUGGAGUGUGGUACUCAUAUGUAGAUCACCAGCAGAAGCAGGAGGAGGUCAGUUCUUGCUGCUCGAUCUCGUAA